CUUUCGAUUAUAGUAGAUCAUCGCCACGGCGCCACGCUCCUGCUCAGCAAUGUCAAAUCUUCGAUCUCCACUAUUGUUAGCCUAUAGUAGAGCUUCAUUUUUAUCGCAAUGGUUAGGUUUAGGGUUUCAUUUUCUGAAAAUUAAACUUAAUAAUUAAUCUCCAGUUCUCGCACAAUCGACUUUGAUUUUCGCACUACCAAAGUUCCAUUGAAGAUCUACAUUGAAACUUAUAACUCUGGCAAUCGACCUCUAUAAGGUAUUUUUUCGAAUUUCACGUGUUAUAUGAUUUUCAUGUUAUAUGCUGAUGCAAUUUGAUUGUUGGAAAUAAACCCAGAAAAUCCCAACGAAGAAAUAUGCAAGGAAUUCAAAAUAUAACCUUUUGUUAGCGAUUAGAUGGUAUGAUUCUGUAUCUUCUUUUGAUUGUAUUCACCUGAGAAUUGAGAUAAAUAUGACAGCUGUUAUAUAAAGGCGGCGAGAUUGAAUUGGGAAUUGAUGGUUUGAUUGUCAUUGCUUUAUUGUUUGUUGUUCUUGUCGAUGAUUGCUUUAGUAAUCAAUUUUGACCUAGAAAUUAUUCAGAAUUCAUUUAAUUUAUUAUUGUUAUAAAGAUUGCGAUUGCAACAUUGCGAUUUGGGGGCUGAACCAUCAACCAUACCAGGAUGUCCAUGUCGGGGUCGGGAAGCGGAAGUUCCGACAAUGAACCUUCGGCUAAGAAGCUCAAAUUUCUGAUGUCGGAGUCGGAGUCGGAGUCGGAGUUGGAAAGCGAAAAUUCUGACAAUGAAUCUUUGACAAAGAAGCCCAAAAAUUGUGCACAGGAUUUUUAUGACAAGGAAUUUGUGAAGAGUGCUAUUGAUGAUGACAUUCAGGAAGCAAUCAGAAAGGCGAAGCUUUUUCCGAGAUUGACGGUUGAUCAAUAUACUUGUUUGCUGAUAGAGAUGGUUAGGGGCGAAAGUCAGGAAUGGCUAGAUCUUCUGCUCACCAAAGCUGUGGAGACAAUUGAUAUAGCCUCAUACGGCUUAGAUGCUAGUUCAAUAGAGGAUUUAAUGGGGAUAUUCACAGACUGUUCUGCCUAUGAAGAGUUGUAUAGGGAUAUAGAAUUCAACCUCCUGUCAAUUCUUAUAUGUAAAAAAACUAUGGUCCAAAGUCAGGCGGAAAAGUCAGUCAUGCCUUUUGAUCUGUUGUUCAAGAUUGAGUUUCUCGAGGGACCUUCAUCUAACGGUGACUAUGACUCGAGCAAAGUUGCUGAAUAUCGUCGUAGGGCUGAAGAGGCUUCUUCAUCUGUGGAUAUAUGUGACUUGAUUACUGUUGCUGAACUUCGUCGUAAGGCUGAAGGGAGUCGUUUUAUCACGAGGGACCAUUUCUUGUGGGCUUUUGAUCAGGGAGGAUGUGGGCUCCGUACUGCGUUUAAGGAUGAGUUAGCCUCAAGGAUGGCUGCUGAAGGUCAUCCCCCUUAUCACAUAUAUGGGACUGCGUUAACGUUGGCAAAUGCUGAACAACAGCUCGUUCAAGCAGAACAUCUUGCCUUUGCUGUCGUUUUUGGCAAAAAUUUUGACUUUUCUGAGGAGGAGGUGAAUCCUGUUAAACUGGAUUUCUUAUGUGAAAGAAAUGCAGGAAGACUUCCAAAGUUUCAAGACUGCCUUACGUAUGCGCUGCGUGAGUCCCCCAAAUGAUUGGUUCAUGGUCUCGUCCGAGGAAAGACUUAAUUCAGGCUUGUGGGACGACUUUAGAGAUCUAACGUUUUGAUGAUCGUCUUUGCUUUGUACAUAUAAUUCACUCUACUUUUGCAUCUUGCUGUGCUUAACUUCUUAUGUCCAAAGGUGGAUCCAGAAUGUUGAACCUGCAUGCGGCAGCAUUGCUUUGUGACAUCAAUGUGUAUAUACAUUAGUAUUUAACGGAUUGGCAAAUAGAAUAUUGACAUUACUCUAUGUAAUGCUUUUUUUUUGUUUCUAUUUAUGCGAAAAUCUAAACUAGCGGAGUA